AUUUGUUCUUCACUGAUAAACAUGAAUGGAUCAAAUUGCAGCAAAACAUCGGUAUUGUUGGCAUAUCAGAUUACGCCCAAAAUAAAUUGGGUGAUAUAGUCUAUGUUCAACUUCCGCGUGUUGGUGAUGAGCUACUUCAGCAUGGUGAGUUUGGUGCCGUUGAAUCUGUGAAGGCGGCCAGUGAGCUCUAUUCACCAGCCUCGGGGAAAGUCAUAGAAGUCAACGAUCUGGUAGAAUCUAAUGCUGCGCUUAUAAACAAAUCAGCUCAAGAAGAAGUACUAAGUCGCUCCAGUCUAAAGCGUGAUGGCAACCAAAAUAACUGCCCUGGGAUUUUCUUCUAG